AUGGCAUCACCUUCUGAUAGCAGAGAAAUACUCAACACGUUGGGGUACGGAGCCGCGUUAGUGGUUCCCGCUUUUGUUAAACUGUGCCUCACAAUGGCCGUGAUGGCUUUAGAUGACCAGCAGCCGGCAGCCGACACUGGAUAUAGGUAUCGCAAUGACCUUAAACUCCCAGCUGCAAGAGCAUUGUGCCGUCUCAAGGAGCACAUCGAAAAGGUUCAGGAGAGAGUCGAUCAACUCUCCAAAAUGGUUGAGGGCAACAAAUCACUAGGAAGGAGAGCAAUGGAAUUGGCCGAGGAAGUAAAGUCAGAAGCAGCGAAAAGUGCGAGGGGUUUGAGCACAGUAUUGAGUACUCACUGCAGGAAUCCUGAUGAAAACCAUCACCUUCCAUUCAGCCAAAAUUGUGACAGGAGCGUAUCUCCUAUUGAACCACCUGACCACAAAUUAAAGGAGGAGAUUACUUGCGAUGCUACUGUCGAGUCGGGCGCCAACAGCACACGUGGACCCUCAUCCCGUGAUAUGAACAACCUCGUGCGAAUGUGGGACGAAGUGAAGCCCACUGCAUCAAAAGGGGCAGAUGGUAACAGUUACAGAAGCAAACAGAGCUACGAAGCUGCUGCCUCGAAGUGCAAGAUCGAUGGUUACUCCACGAUGCCUUGUACUGUUUCUGAAAAACACUGGCGGUCUUCCUUUGUUGCUGCAACCUUGAAGCUACGUGAGCUGGAGGUUGUUGUUGAGGAGGCAACUGGCCAAACCGUGCAAGAAGUGGAAAGCAAGCCGCAAGGCAUCCCACGUGGACUUGAGUUAGGGUUAGAAGAAGCGACAGCUGGUCCGACCGUGCAGUUCCUUCUAGGAAAUAACCAUACCGUCUAUGAUUGUGGUACACUUACCGAAUUGAGCCGUCUGGUGUCGAUUCUUGUCGCUGUGCAAAUUUAG